UCUGUAGUUAAAACCUAAAAACAGUACAUAGUGAGUUUCUAAAGUAAUUCGUUUGUACGGUGUCGUUGAAUUGCCACAAUAUUUAAAAACUACGCUUCCCAUAAUCCUCUGUAUGACGUAUAGCGGUGUCGAAACUGCGUACGUGUGAAUUGGAUGCCUGAAUAUGGGGUAAUCAUGACCAGAAAUUAAAUGAACGUAACUUCUUUCUUAUUUCUUAAAGGUUAGUUAUACGUUUUAGAUAUGGCCUCGAUGGCCCAGACGAGAAGUUGAGUUGUCUCUGAAUUGGGAGUUGGACUUCAUAUCGCAGAGCGCGUGAAAGGGGCGCUUUGAUUUCAACGUCAGGUGGCCGCGAGACACUUGUGCGUUAUGAUGCCACAUGACAGCAUGACUUCCACUGUGCAGAAAAUCGCCAAACAGGCGCUUGCGACAUUCCGAAACCCCUCUCUAGUCGGAGAACACAAUAAAGUGUUUAUGGACAACCAGAACAAGCUGAAAAGCCUUUUGGCUGAGGUCAGAGCGGUCGAUUUGAAGAUUGUACCCCGGGCCGCUGAGAUCGCACCAAUGCCGCCAGCGCGUCUCGUUCCACCCGUUACAUACAUGCACAUCUACGAGACCGACGCCUUCAGUAUGGGAGUGUUUUUGUUGAAAACCGGCGCUUCUAUACCGCUGCAUGACCAUCCGGGAAUGUACGGUAUGCUUAAAGUGAUUUACGGAAAGGUCCGAAUCAGCUGUUUCGACAGGUUGGACAAACCCAGAGACGGUGCCAGCGGCGUGCAGUUCAACCCUCCAUUAGUGCCCCUCCAGAAGAGCUCUCUAAGACCCUCGGUGUUGAGAUCGGUUGGGGAAUACACGGAGGAGAGCGGCCCGUGUGUGCUGUCACCUCAGAGGGACAACAUUCACCAAAUAGACGCUGUUGACGGACCCACCGCUUUUCUUGACAUUUUGGCCCCACCGUAUGAGCCGGAUGAAGGGAGAGACUGCCAUUAUUAUAAAGUCCUUAAUGCCAGUUCAGAGGCCGCAGACAGGAGGCGUGAAGCCCAGGAACAUGGUGACUUAUGGCUAAUGGAGAUCCCACAGCCUAGUGAAUUCUGGUGUGGUGGUGAAUCUUACCCAGGGCCUAAAGUGUCCCUCUGAAACUCUUGAGAAUGAACUGGGGAUGUUUAUAUCACAACAUUGGGUGAUUAAAAAGCUUGUAUGUUCCCUUCCUUGUGAGCCGUAUACCCUAUCAUACUGGGUUGCAUCAAGUGGACUGCUUUGAAAUAAAUAUAGGCCUGCGUCAUAAAACCCACUUUCACUUAUGGUCAGCUGCUCUGAUCAUGUUAAUGGAUGGCUCUUGCCCAAGUCCGUAUAUUUACACCAUAUGCAUGCAGAGUCAUGAAUUAUUUUCAAAAGAGAUUUAACUGUUGACUGGGUUUGUGAUUUUCUAAAUUAACAGCAGAUGUGAGAUUUGUUGUAAAGAUUUGUAACAAAAAUUGAUCAAAUUAGGAAUCUAUAUCUUGUUUGUGUAUCUAAUAGUUUUUUUUUUUUUAUAAUGCACAGAGCCAUCAGGUCCUGCAAAUGUCACAGAUACGGGUAACCGUUGGUCCAGCAGCACUGUAACACACACUGGGAUACUUCCCAGAACACUCGAAUUAUUAUUUAAAAUAAUAAUAAAAAACGCACUUAAUGAGACUGUCAAGUUUUAAAGCCACUUGAAAUAUGCAGAAUGUGAAUUUGAUAGCUAACUGCAUAAAAGGCACCAAGUAACUCAAAUUCUGUCAUUCCUUGAAUAGAAUUAACUAAUAAAGUAUGAAGAAAAUA